AUGAAUGGGGGAAAUUGUUCCUCAAUAACUGAAUUCUUUCUUUUGGGAAUUACCAAUAACCCAGAGGUAAAAGUAACCUUAUUUGCCACAUUUCUAGUUGUUUACCUCAUAAAUCUCCUGGCAAAUCUAGGAAUGAUCAUUUUAAUUAGAAUGAAUCACCAGUUGCACACACCGAUGUACACUUUCCUCAGCCACCUCUCUUUUUGUGACCUCUGCUAUUCCACAGCAGUCGGGCCCAAGAUGCUGAUAGACCUACUUGCCAAGAACAAAUCAAUUCCCAUCGUUGGCUGUGCUCUGCAAUUCUUGACCUUCUGUGUCUUUGCAGAUUCCGAGUGUCUGCUGCUGGCAGUGAUGGCCUUUGAUCGGUACAAGGCCAUUAGCAGCCCCUUGCUCUAUGCAGUCAGCAUGUCCAGCAGGGUGUGCUCCCUGCUCCUGGCUGGGGUUUACCUGGUGGCAAUGGCAGAUGCUCUGACACAUACGACACUGACAUUCCGCUUGUGUUUCUGUGGCUCUAAUGAGAUUAAUCAUUUCUUCUGCGAUGUGCCUCCUCUCCUUCUGCUGUCUUGCUCAGACACACAGGUCAAUGAGUUAGUGAUAUUCACCGUUUUUGGUUUUAUUGAACUGAGUACCAUUUCAGGAGUUCUUAUUUCUUACUGUUAUAUCAUCCUGUCGGUCUUAAAGAUUAGCUCUGCUGAGGGGAGGUUCAAAGCUUUCUCCACGUGCAGCUCCCACUUAACUGCAGUUGCCAUUUUCCAGGGCACCAUGCUCUUCAUGUAUUUCCGCCCAAGCUCUUCCUACUCCCUAGAUCAAGACAAAAUGACUUCACUGUUUUACACCCUUGUGAUUCCCAUGUUGAACCCUCUGAUUUACAGCCUACGCAACAAGGAUGUAAAAGAGGCCCUGGAAAAAUUGAAAAAUAAAAUUUUAAGUAAAUAG